AUGGCAUAUUUUGCUGUCAAUGAUCGUCAUGUGUGGUGGAUUCCUCCUUCCUUCCUUCCUUCCCUGUUAGUUCUCUUGCAUUCUGUAUCCUCUCAACACCCUUCACCCUUCCACCUUGGCGGUCUCUUCUUCAACAUUUCAACUGGCAUUGUGGCGGGUGCUGAGCUGGUUCCUUUCAAUGGGACCUCGAUGGGAGAGGGGACUCUGGCAAAGUGGGUGCGGCUAGAGCUGCACCAUGACGAAGCCUUUUGCCACUGCGUACUUUGUGUACGCCGACCCAGGCGAGUGAUUCUUAAGCGUGUAGUCAUCGAAGAUUUGUCACUCUAUCUUGCAAGGUCUCCUAUACCUCCCAAGGUGGCUCUUGUGCCCAAGCUGCGUCCUGCUCUGAGUGUCUACAUGAAGGCCCUCUACCAACAUAGAGGGUAG